AUGGCACCACAAAGAACAAAGAACGUCAUCAAGGACAUUGGAGAAAUCACACGUAACUGGCACAUUCAAAACUUGGCAUCAUGUCUACCAAAAGCGCUAUGGCCCAACCACCAGCCAUCGGAUGAAUGGGGCGACGAUUUAAUCGCACUCAUAAGCCAAAUUUCAUCAACGCCUGCCGCUACCCUUCCGGACUUCAGAUUGAGAUUAAGAAAAGCUAUCAAAGUGCGCCAAGAGAGGAACAGUUCCCGGAUCGGCAGACAGUCAUGGGCCAAAGACGUCGACCUGAAAGCUGUCUUACAAGAGUAUGAACGAGAGGCUGAAGAGACAAGAGCUGAAGAAGCGCAUCCUGCACCAAAGUCAAAAGAAAAAUCUGACAAUCGUACUACCCGCAACACACGCAUUCAGGUCCCCAAAACACCCAUGAACCAUGAAGAUGAAGACGAGGAUGAAGAAGAAGAAGGCUCCUCCGAACCCCUUGCCGGCGGGAAGUACCAAUACCUCAAUGGCGUCCGACCGGUCAAGGUGAACUUGAACCCCAACGCAUCCGCUGCGAAAAAGCCGAUGCGAGCAAAACCACCAACAAGAGGCAAACGACGAAAGGCAGAUGAAGAAGAAGUGACAGACCCUCUCGCAAGAGAACUCCCAAGUCUGGUUUACCAAGAUCCGGAUCCCCGGGUACCGGAUGAUACUGGUUUUCUUUCGGAUCUCGAAGGUGACGGGGUGGAGGGAAAGAGUAAGAAGAGGAAGAAGCGAUUAUCGAGGCUGCAGCAACAGCGUGUUAGGGAGCCGCAUUGGCAGAGGGACUUGGAUAACAUUGUUGUUGAUGUUCCGAGCUUGGAGAAUGGUAUUGACACUCCAACCGUACGUAAAGAGAGCGAAGUUGCCCCGAUCCUUAUUGGGGAAGAUGUGAAGGAUUUGGGUCUCGAUAAUGAGGAAGAUGUGGCCAUGGAGAACGCGGAGGAUACGCAUAUACCCAACGCUGAAGACCCACCUAUCCAUAUCUUACGGGACGUCAUUAUGAACGACGGAGGGGACGUGGAGGUGGAACUGGAAAACUUACCUGAGAUACCGGAGAAUGCGACGGUGACGGAGAGAAGGGAGAUGGAAGAACUGAGAUUAAAGAUGGAGCAGCGAGUAUGGAGAAUUAAGGUAUUGAGAAUCAAGGAGCGGGAGGGCAGCGGUGAGGAUGUAGUCGAGCGAGGAGACGAUGAUAUGAAUGUAGAGAAUGAUGUGGGCGGAAAGAGAGUGUUGAGGAAACGCAGGGGCAAGUAG